AUGUUCGUGAAAUUCCAUCUGGCCACGCUCAUGGCUGUGGUGUUUUUCACGGCCAGAUGCAUUGCCGAGAAUCUGGAUAUAUUCGAAGAGCUUCAGGGCAAGCGGGAUGUUUCUAUGGCCCGUGAGGGUAGGCUCUCACCUUCUCCCAUUAUUCAGGCUGAGAUACUGAAAAUUUUGAUACCAGCCAAUAACCUUCCUGACCUGGCGCGUCGUCUGAUCUAUCAACGUGAUGCCAAUGGUACGGUGACAGGAACUGAUACACCGUAUUCGGGUCAGACUGCAACUGUGGUUAUAAGCGCGGUUACCACAAGUCCCCCUGAGAUCACGGUGCAGAUUUUCGAGACGAUCACCUUGUCUUGCCCAGAGAUUUGCGCUGAGACCCCUGAAGUGGCUCCUGUUGAGACUCCCAUCGCAACUACACUGGAAUUCACCCAGACUGUCACCCAGUCUUGCAACGAAACUACUGUCACCCUUUUCCCCGAGCCUACCCCCACUCCUGACGCUACGACUCCGGCUGAAACUUGUACUGGUAUCUGCGUUACGACCACUGCUGAGGCUCCUACGGAGACUGCCGCAGGGACUUCUAUCCAGGUGACUCCAACUCUUACUACCACGGAGAUUGCUACCGAGAGAAGCUCCAUUGGGGUAUGGGUUACAGAGUCUUGCACCAACAUUAACUGUAAGACUGCAACAGUCGUAGUGCCUCCGGAAACUGUCUCUAUUGGCUCUAUUGCUGUUUCAAGCACUCUGGCUACUGUUCCACAGUCGUCAAGGUCUCUCACCGACUUGGUCAUUACCAUACAGAAGACCCCGUCUGCUAUGUCGACUUCGGAGACUCGUAGCAUUGAAACUCCCACCAAGGAAGCCCCCACUGCCAUCAGCACUGAAAAGCCGUCGGGGACACCUAUUCUUAACAGUGCUCAGAGCCUGAAAUCUCUGGUCAACAAGGUGAUUGCUGUCACUUUUCUCCUGGCUCUCCUCGUUGGAGGCCUUCUGUGA